CUGACUGCAGUUACCUGGCAACACUGUUGCGUCUUGGUUACCGUGUGCAUCGCUUGGACCGGCCCCGGUGUGCUCCGUGCGUUAACGCCCCUGAUGGCCGCCUCUCUGAUAGACCCCAGCCGGGCUCCGGUGGCCUUCGGCCGGCGAGCUGUGCCGCAGCUGUUCGAGGAGCUGCAGCAGCGGCCGGAGGCGGCGCGCAGACACCGGGCUCUGAACUCACUGUGCGACCUGAUGCACGACCCGGAGCGGGUCUACCAGACCGUGACCGGGGGUUUUCUGGAGCAGGUCAAAGUUUUGUUUCAGGAUGAAGACGCAGACGUGAGGACGAAGACAUGUGACCUGCUUCAUGUGCUGACCUCACACAGCGUGGGCAGACAGGCCCUCCUGUCCUCCUCCCUCCUGCCUCCUCUGUCUCAGCUGCUGGACGACCCGUCGUCCUCCUGCAGGAGGAGCGUCCACCGAGUGCUGAAGCGCCUCACUCUGCUGCCUGCAGGAGCAGACGCUCUCCUCACUCUGGUCCCUAAACUGAUGCUGAAGCUCCGACAGGAGAAGGAGGAGGAGGAGGUGCAGGCGCUGAUCCUCUCCACCCUCAGCUCCUGCUCCUAUCAGGACCCUCGGCCGGCUCUGGCCAACGACGGCGUCUCUUUGCUGGGCCACAUCCUCUCCCAUCGCUCCACCAACAUCCGCAGGGAGGCGGCCGACGCCCUGAUGGCCCUCAGUGUUUGCAGGGACGGGAAGGAGCAGGUGUGUGAGCAGAACUUACUUCCUGUCCUGGUGGGUCUGCUGCAGGAUGAAGACCUGGAGGUUCAGGUGAACGCCGUGGGAGUCAUCAUGUUCACUGUGACCAUCACCACAGGGAAGCAGCAGUGUCUGGAUCUGGACGUCCUCCCCGUCCUCCUCGACUUCGUGCCCAAGAAGAAGGAGGAGGAAGAGGAGCAGGAUGAGGAGAGGAGGAGGAGGAGGAAGGCCCUGGUCCUGUACUCCCUGCGCGCUCUGACCGCCCUGGCUGAAGCUCCGGGCGGCCGGCACCUCCUGCUGGAGCAGCUCCCCGUGCUGGAGGCGAGGACGGAGUCUGAGGAGGACCAGGACAUCAGGAGGAGCGCUCAGAGCGCCAUCCACGUCAUCACCUGGACUCCAUGACAGAUACAAGAAAAUAAAAGAGUUCACAUUUAUUUCAGGGAUCUUUAUUGUUUCUGACUUUCAUGAUCCCCAGAGGAUGAACCCCCAUGAAGUCAUGUUUAAUAAAUAAGCUGCCAGCACUUCA